AUGGUACCUAAUCUGUAUCCAAUUCCGCAUGCAGAUGAUAUAUUCGCACAAAUGUCGCUUUGCAAAUAUUUUAGCAAAAUAGAUUUAUCUGACGCUUACCUUCAAUUGGAAGUCGAUGACGAAUCCAAGAAAAUUCUCACGAUAAACACGCACAGAGGUCUUUUUACAUUUAAUCGGUUACCACCAGGACUAACGUCUGCACCAGGUGCUUUUCAAAAAGCUAUGGAAACUAUCCUCAGCAAUUUAGAGGGAGUUAUAACAUAUCUGGAUGACGUGAUCAUAGCUACACCUUCAAUACAAGAAAAUUACAAAAUGGUUAUGAACGUAAUGGAAAGGUUCAAAGAGCACAGUCUCACGAUAAACUGGUCAAAAUGUGAAAUUUUCAAAACGUCAAUAAAAUACCUGGGACACGUCAUUGAUGAAAAAGGUAUACAUCCAGAUGCAUCCUAA